CGGUUGCCAUGGCAUCCGGGGAGAGGAGCUGACCAAUGGGCUGGCCCGGCAUUGGUAGGGGCGCUGUAAGCACUAGAGGCGCCCCAACGGCGUCGCUUGAAGGAUGGCUUCUAGCUUCAAGAAAUCUGCAUUAGGGGGAGCAGCCCAGAGAAAGAAGACGGGUCCCAAACUCGAACUCACUGAAGACCAAAAGCAGGAGAUCCGAGAAGCAUUUGAUCUGUUUGAUACCGAUGGCACUGGAAACAUAGAUGUGAAGGAGCUAAAGGUGGCCAUGAGAGCACUAGGGUUUGAACCCAAGAAAGAAGAGAUCAAGAAAAUGAUAUCAGACAUUGAUAAGGAAGGAACAGGAAAAAUCAGCUUCAAUGACUUUCUGGCAGUGAUGACUCAAAAAAUGGCUGAAAAAGAUUCUAAAGAGGAGAUUCUGAAAGCCUUCAAACUGUUCGAUGAUGAUGAGACUGGCAAAAUCUCUUUCAAGAAUCUUAAGCGUGUAGCCAAAGAGCUUGGGGAAAAUCUCACAGAUGAGGAACUGCAGGAAAUGAUCGAUGAAGCAGAUAGAGAUGGAGAUGGGGAAGUGAAUGAGCAGGAAUUUCUGCGGAUCAUGAAGAAGACCAGCCUUUACUGACACAUUUCUUUUCUUUUUUGCUUUUUAUGCUUAUUUGCAAAUACAUAUGGUAUGUGCCUCUUUUCUUCUGCCUCUGUCACUUCUUCAGGGACAAGCAAAAGGACAGGUCAUUUGAGUGGCCAAUCUUUAAGUUUACUUUGUGAAUUGUUUCUGGCUGCUACAAUGAAACUGAAACCCUGAAACCAUUUUCAUUGAGGAAAAACGUAGCUUAUUUGUUCUUUUUGGUUUUCCCACGCAGUUAGGCUUUAAGUGUAAAAUUCAUAUUUGCAGUGGUGAAAUCUAGAGCUUCAUCUGAUUUAAAAUAGUACCUAAAGGAUAUUUGUAUUUGCUUACGGCGUUAUAAACAGAAGAGAGGGCUUAAUGCCAGAAAGUGCCAAUCCAUACUUUCUUGUACAUUAGGGGAUUUUUGGAUCCAAGGUUUUCGUUUGGGUCCAGUUAAAGCAAAUUCUGCAUCUGGCAGACUUGCAGGGAUCAGCUUUUUUACUCUGUCCAGAUGACACUGUGUGUGCAUGUGUUAUAACAACUGAUUCUUCCCCCCAUUUUUAUUAUACUAUUGAAAAAAUGUAAGUGAAUAGAUUGCUACAAUUCAGCCUAUUGCUGUCUAUGGAAAUUUAUCUUUGAGUAAUCUGCCCUUAGUCUGAGGAGGGAAGAGAAUUUACAGCUGUUAAUAAUGACCAAAGCUCUGUUUGUUCUUGGGACCACUAAGUGGCCACAGAAUGUAAGAUUUUUAUUUAAAAUUUUGUUUUUAGCCAUUAUGGUUGUGGAAAUAAAUGUACAAGAAUGCAAACAUUA